GGGUCAUAUGGAUUGCCCCCCAGGGAUGUCCCACCCUUCAUUCUCAGUCAACCACAGCAUCCUGGAAGCUGUGAGACCCCGACUCAAAGACUUUCACCAGCUGCUACUGGAACCCCCAAAGGCGAAUCUGAUGAAGACAACGUGGGGGGUGCUGGACCCCCCUGUGGGCAACACCAGGCUCAACGUGGUCAGACUGGUGGCCAGUCUGCUGCAGAGCAACACUCACAGCAUUAACACAGAACUCAUUAACCUCAACACACUGGGAAUAAUACUAGAUAUGUAUUUCAAAUACAUCUGGAACAACUUCCUCCACAUUCAAGUGGAGAUCUGUACAGCCAUGAUUCUGGCUAUGCCCCCCGCCCCCACCGAGAUCCAGCCAGACACAGAGCAGGACCCUGCAAGGGAGAGCAUCCUCAUCAAACACCUGUUUCAAAAGUGCCAGUUUAUACAGAGAAUUGUAGAAGCCUGGAGCUCCAACGAGAAAGAUCAGGCAGAAGGUGGUCGUCGACGAGGAUACAUGGGCCACCUCACCAGAAUAGCCAACUCUAUAGUUCAUAACUGUGACAAAGGCCCUAACGGUCCACAGAUACAGCAACUCAUCUCUGAGCUUCCAGCAGAAGACCGAGACAAAUGGGAGGCCUUUAUUUCUGGGCAGCUGUCUGACACAAACAAGAGAAACACUGUGGACCUGGUGAAUACACACCACAUCCAUUCUUCCAGUGAUGAUGAGGUGGACUUUAAAGACAGCGGCUUUCACCAGGACUCUUCUCUACAACAAUUCGGCUUCAAUGACGAAGAGUUUGCUGAUCAGGACGAUGUUGUGGAGUGAGUACUCAUCCUGCAUGACUGGAACUGCUGUCUUCAU